GAGACAAACCUGUUCAUUAUUGGCCAAGUUGAUGUUAGGUAGUGUUUUGUUUUAAAAAAUAAUAAAUAAUGCUGUUUAAAAUUCUAACAAUUUGUAUCCUGGCAACGACAUGCCAUGGCUUGUACGAAUUUCAUCAUCAUCACCCACAUCAUCUGGCGGUGUCGCACCAGCAGGUGAACAAGCACGAUGGUCCCAGUCACCCUGUCCUCGUUCAUCACGCUCCGGUGCAUCACUUGCCCAUUCACCACGAAUCUAUUCACCACGAGCCCAUUCAUCAUUUGCCGUUAUUGCAUCAUUUGCCAGUUCAUCACUUGCCAGUGCCUUACGCAGCCCACCAUGAUCAUUACUCAUUUCCUGAGUAUAACUUCGCCUAUAGCGUCCAUGAUCAUCACACAGGCGAUGUGAAAUCCCAGCAUGAGUUCCGUCACGGAGAUGUGGUGAAGGGAGGCUACGAACUGAUAGAACCCGACGGUAGAUACAGGAAGGUGGAAUACAAAGCUGAUGACCAUACUGGUUUUAAUGCUGUUGUUCAUCAUUCGUCUCCCCAUCAUCACGUCCAUGUCUCUCAGCAUCAUAUUUAAUAACUUUCAUUAUCGAUAGAAACAUAAUGACAACUAUACGCAAAUAUGGUUAAACGUACUUUAUAAAUUAGUUGAAAAUAAAUAUACUUUACAAAUGU